AUAAAUCGAUAUUAAUUUAUUUUAGUAAACAACAAACCUUUUGUACUUUGAUAUUCUUCAACACAUUUUACGUCAAAUUCUCUAGCUUUUUUCUUCUUCUUCAUAUUUCAUUAACCCUCAAAAUAGUCUAUGACGAACAGAUCAAACUAUUCGCAAAAAGUUAAUAUAUAUUUUUCUUAACAAUACGAUCAUAUUUUAAACAUAUCGAACGUGAUACACGAUUCAAACGGUUAACAUAUUAUUUUACAUACACCCACAAUCUGCAACUAAAUAAUACCUUUUGCAUAUUCUGGAAUCUGACCCGAAUCUCCUAAUUCAUUGUACCACUCGGUCGAUGGGAGUCUAUCCGCACGUCAAAUUCUUUUAAACUAACAAGUCACAAACUGAGAUAGUAUUAUCCUCACGUUAAAUUCUCAUAUAGUAACAACUAACAAACUGAUAAAUUAUUAAAGAAAACAUAUAUUAUCCCCACGUUAAAUUCUUUAACGACUAACAAACUGAGAAAUUAUUAAAAAACAUAUAUUGUCCUCUUCUUUUCCCUCCCCACUCUCCAGAUUCUCUACCACUAAGUACAGUUUCUCGCGUGUGGGUAUAUAUAGAGAAGAGCCAAAGAAAUUUAAGAACACAAGCUCAAGUUAUAUAGAUUGAUAGAAAUAUAUACUCUUACUAAUAUCAACUUAUAUCUUAGUACGCUAUUUCAAAGUUAAAAAAAAGUACGCUAUUUCAUAUAACAUAAUAAAGUUAUAAAAAGACCAAUUUGUGUCUUUCUUCUGAGUUCGUGGGCGUACUUACAUACACAGUACUGAUGGGAAGACGUGGGAUCGCCAAAGUACCGAUGCUGCUGUUAAGGAGUUGGAAGCAAGUUCAAGGACGAGCACGGAUAAGCAGCAAAGCUGCAAAACUGAAUCCUAUGGUUGUCCACUACUCUGAAGAUAUUUCUGAUCAUAGGGUAGAGAUUAAUUGUGGCGGCGAAGAGGAGUGGGUUCCACACCCACGUACCGGAAUAUUCUUUCCGCCGGGACAAGAGUCGGUGAUGGAUGGUGUCCCUGAGGGUGCUGCUUCUUUUGACAUGAUGUUUUGGCUUAGGGACGUCGAUGGUGUGGACAAACCUGAUCACGACCAUCAUUUUCCUAACUGAAACAAAAAAGUGAUAAUAUGUAACUAUAGCAAAAUAAUCCCGUGUGUACGCACGUUUGAUUAUGAUAAUUUCGUAUAAUGUAUGAUGGUUUAAUAGCAAUGCUUUCUUAAUUAA